GACUCCUGAGCCAGGUACUGGGGAGACCCAACUCGGGAAGAACCCGAGUGAAGGCCUCGUCGGACUCCGGGGUCGAUUCUCCGAGCAGUGACUACGGAGGGUCCAUUUCGGACGCCGGCUCAAAACCUGUGACGCCUUGUGCGCGCGCCGGCCACAUCUGUAGCCACAUCCAGCGCGGUCUUGGCCAGGACUCACCUCCGCAACGCUGUGACGCGAAGCCCGCUUCUGCGACCUCUAACACCUGGGACUACCUGUGGAGACUUAGACAACCCUCUCUCCGGCGCCAACCCCCAACAGCCCCGCGACCCCAGCCCUUUGCGCAGAGGGCGUGCCGCUCUCUCUAGGCCCAGCCUUUGCGGAGGGACCAAUGGCCGAGGCUCCAGACCGGGGAACCCCGCGCGUGCUCUUUGGAGACUGGCUUCUGCGCGAGGUCAGCAGCGGCCGCUAUGAGGGUCUACGGUGGCUGGACUCAGCCCGAACGUGCUUCCGCGUACCCUGGAAGCAUUUCGCGCGGAAGGACCUGGGUGAGGCCGAUUCGCGCAUCUUUAGGGCCUGGGCCGUGGCCCGCGGCAGGUGGCCGCCCCGCAGCGGUGGAAGUGCCCGGCCGAUCCCUGAGAGUGAGCUGCGGACCUCCUGGAAAACCAACUUCCGCUGUGCGCUGCGCAGCACGCAGCGCUUUGUAAUGUUGGAAGACAACUCGGGGGACCCUACCGACCCUCAUAAGGUGUACAAGAUCAGCUCUGAGCCGGGGGACCGAGGCCUAGGCUUUGACCAGGGGGAGGACGAGGCCCUAGAAGAUGCCCCACCUGCAAGGGGUGGGCUCCCGGGGCCAUGCCUGGCAACAGAUACUGGUGAGAGCCUGGGGCACCAGCUGAACCCUGACGCCUGCCCCCCAAGCCUAGCUGGAGAUGCCGGGGACCUCUUGAUCCAGGCGCUGCAGCAGAGUUGCUUGGAGGACCAUCUGCUGGAUUUGAUCCCCUCAGAGGCUCCUGAUGCAGGCCCACCCCCAGAGCCCUGGCAGCCUCCAGAGGCGGAGCCCCACACGGAAGCCUCUGCCAGUGCCUGCACCCAGGUGGCAGGGGAGCCGCCCCUGGCUGGCCCUGGCUGCUCACAGCUUGGUCUGCAGCCAGAACCCAGCCUGGGGGCCCUGGACUUGACCAUCCUGUAUAAAGGCCGCACGGUGCUGCAGGAGGUGGUGGGGCGUCCGAGCUGUGUGCUCCUGUACGGCCCCCCCGGUGUAGCUGGAGAGGCUUCAGGGCCCCAGCGAGUUGCCUUCCCCAGCCCUGCCGAGCUGCCUGACCAGAAACAGCUCCACUACACAGAGACACUGCUGCAGCAUGUGGCCCCGGGCCUGCGGCUGGAGCUCCGGGGGCUGUGGCUGUGGGCCCGGCGCCUGGGCAAGUGCAAAGUCUACUGGGAGGUGGGGGGGCCUCUGGGCUCAGCCAGUGCCUCCACCCCAGCUCGCCUGCUGCCCAGGGACUGUGACACGCCCAUCUUUGACUUUGGCACCUUCUUCCAAGAACUAGUGGAGUUCCGGGCCCGGCAGCGCCGCGGCUCCCCGCACUACACCAUCUACCUGGGCUUCGGGCAGGACCUAUCAGUGGGGAGGCCCAAGGAGAAGAGCCUGGUCCUGGUGAAGCUGGAGCCGUGGCUGUGCCGGACGUACCUGGAGGCUGUGCAACGCGAAGGUGUGUCCUCCCUGGACAGUGGCAGCCUCAGCCUCUGCCUCUCCAACUCCAACAGUCUCUAUGAGGACCUGGAGCACUUCCUGGAGCACUUCAUGAUGGAAGUGGAGCAGGCUGCCUAGGCCAGACCCCCAACCCCUCCGAAUCCAAUAAAAAGAUCCUAAGGGGA